AUGAAGAAAAUAUCAAAUAAAAUUAAGAACCUUCAAACUAUUUUAAAUCCUCUAUAUUUCAAAUCUAAAUAUAAAAAAAAUGAAGAAAGAGUUGUUUAAGGAUAAGACUUAAUAGAUGGAAAAUUAAUAGCUAUAAAAACAGUAUUUAAAAAUGAAGAAAGUGGUAUUGAUAUUUUAUAAGAAUUAGUACCUGGAGGUUCUAUCGGAUUUUUACUUGAAUCUUUUCAUAAAUUUGAAAUUAAGCUAGCAAUAUAUUUUUUAAAAUAAAUCAUUUAAGCAUUAUAUAUUUUGCAUUCAAAUAAAAUUGUACAUGGAAAUUUAAAACCUAAUAAUAUUUUAGUUGAUAAUUAUGGAUAUAUUAAAUUAACAGAUAUCAAUAUAUUCAAAAAUAUAAAUUAUUUAAAAAGUUAUUGGAGUGCUCCUGAAGUAAUUAUUAUUUUAAAAUAUAUAUAUUAUAAUAAUGAAAAAAAUAAGCUUUUAAAUGAAGAUAAACUAUUAUUUUCUUCUGAUAUUUGGAGUGCAGGAAUAAUAUUUUUAUAAAUGAUAAAUGGAUAUCAUCCAUGGUAAUAAGGAAAGGAUUUUUUAACAAUUGAAACAAUAAAGAAGAAAUUUUAAAAUAAAGUCCCUUUUUAUUUACCUAAAAAUAUAAGUAAUGAAAUGGCAUUGUUUAUAAAUUUUAUGAUUUCUAAAAAUCCAGAUAGUAGAUUAUCUGCAUACGAAUUAUUAAAAUAAAGCUUCUUAAAUGAAGAAUUUUCUAGAAAUGAUAAUUAUUAAAAUUUAAACUUACUUAGAAGAUUAAUAGUAAUAAGAUACACAAUAAUAAUAAUAAAAACUUUAGAAAAAGCUUUAUCUAAAAAUAAUUUUUAUACUAAAAUCCCUAAAGAGUCGACCAGAAUAUUCGAGUUGUAAUUCAGAAGAUAAUAAUUAAUCUUAAAAUUCUUCAAGUUAGUUAAAGAUUUCUAAAUCUUAAUUGAUUUAUGA